AUGCAAAAAGAAGAUUACGCUUUUAUUAACGAUCCAACUCUUGUCACUGACCCUUCUCCUUCAAUCAUAUCAGAAAAACCACUUAAACUUUUAUUUUCAAAAUCAAAAGUUUAUGUUCAUCCUUCUGCUAAUAGUCAAACUUUUAUACCAGGAUAUAUUUCUAUUGUCGAAAAACAAAUACCUGAAAAUUUACUUUUGAUUUCUUGGACUCCUGAAAUAUUGAUUCCUUCUGAAGACCUAGAAGCUUAUGUACAAGUUGAUAGUCAUCCUGAAGAAAACGAACAAGUUUCCACUAUUAUGGUCCAUUCUGCUGGAUUUGAACAUCAUUCAAAGUAUGCAUUAUCUACUCCUCUUCAAGAUAUACACUCAAUAGUCGUUCGACCUCCUUCCUUUACAAAAUGGUAUGGAAGUAUUAUAUUCAACUUUAAAAAUGGUCACUCUUCUACUCCUUUUUGGUUUCAUGAUGACGAAAGUAAUAGUACCGUACUUCAAAAAAAUACUCAAGGUGGAAAAUGGUCUUGUGACGAACAGCGGCAACAAACUCGAUGGGGUGGUGAUGAAUUUAUGGAACGACUUUGUUCAUUGGUACCUAUUGAAAUCUCUGAAAAAGAUACAACAUUAUAUUAUAUAAGGAAAGGAAAAAAUUCAUCCACUUCAAAACCACAAGCAUAUGAAAUGACACAAAUGGAUCCACUAAUAGCUUCACUGAAGGAAAUGAAAUGGGGAUUAUUCGAAAAAUUAUCCAGAGUGACUAAAUUCUCAAGAAAUACAGCUGCUUCUAUUUUACAACAAAGUCAAGUAUCAAAUUCUGUCCUAUCAAGAUAUCAAGAUAAUGACAAUGUUCGACAAACUAUGGAUGAUUAUGAUUCAGCCCGUAUCUUUUUAGCAAAAUGGGCCGCAGGUCUUGCAGCUCAAUCAAGUCAAAACUUAUCUGAAGAACACCGAUAUCGACAUGUAGGAUUAUGGGGUCAUCACGGAGAAUGGGAACAAGAAGAUACUGCUCUUGGUUCUUUUGAAAUACUAAAUUCUGAAAAUGAUAUGUCCAUUCCAACACAUACCAGAACAAAACCAAUCACUCUUGAUCAUUGGAAAUCAUUUUUUGAUCAUACUGGAAAAUUAUCUGUUGGUGAACCUUUUGUAUUGGAAAGUAUAUUCCGUGGUGGAUUAGAUCCUACUAUACGUAAAGAAGCAUGGCUAUUCUUGUUAGGCGUUUAUCCUUGGGAUUCAACAAAAGCUGAUCUUGAAAAACUCGUUGAUGAAAAGAGGAAGUUAUAUCAAGAAUUGAAAACAAAAUGGAAUGAAAAAGUCAAAGAAAAUGCGCAUUAUCAAGAUCAAAAGCAUCGAAUCGAUAAAGACGUACAUCGCACGGAUAGAACAACACCUUUCUAUUCAAAAGAAGAUCUCCCAAAUCCUGAUCCCAUGGUGAAUAUUGGAACAAACGCAAAUUUGGAAAUAUUGAAAGAAAUUUUAUGUGCUUAUAAUGUUUAUAAUGAGGAUUUGGGUUAUGUUCAGGGCAUGUCUGAUUUGUUAUCUCCCUUGUACGCUACUAUUAAUGAUGAUGCUCUUGCUUUUUGGGCAUUCGUUGGAUUUAUGGACAGAACGAAGACCAACUUUUUUAUGGAUCAAUCUGGCAUGCAUAAACAACUAUUGACAAUGGAUGAACUCUUGCAAUUUAUGGAUCCUCAACUUUAUAAACAUUUACAACGUACAGAUAGUUACAAUCUAUUCUUUUGUUUCCGUUGGUUAUUGGUUUGGUUUAAAAGAGAAUUUACUUGGAAUGAUACCUUGACUCUAUGGGAAGUGCUAUGGACCAACUAUUUGUCGAAUCAAUUUCAUCUUUUUGUCGCUCUCUCUAUUCUUGAUCAGCACCGUGAUUUUAUUAUCGAUUACUUGAAAAACUUUGAUGAAAUACUAAAGUAUAUCAAUGAUCUGGCAUUGACGAUGGAUAUUCAAGAAACUCUACAACGGGCGGAAAUCAUCUUUUACCAAUUCAGACAACGGGUACAGACUGUGGACGAAAAACGAUCAAAGCAACAGCAAAAGGUUUCCAAAACUGCAUCAUCAUCAUCAUCAACAACGACUACUCCAAAAACAUCUACUUUACCACCAGUUAGCCUUUUGUUACGUGAUUUACUAUCUUAA